AUGGAUCCAACAGAAAUGCCUCCUAACACAACAACAGUCAGAGACACCGUGACAGCCAGCUCACCUUUGGAAGGGUCCGGAGAUGUGGAUCCAACAGAACCACCCCCUGACACCACAACAGUCAGAAGCAAUGUGACAGUCAGCUCACCGCCGGAAGGGUCCGGAGAAGUAGAUCCAACAGAAACACCCACUGACACCACAACUGUCAGAGACAAUGUGACAGUCAGCUCACUACCGGAAGGGUCCGGAGAAGUAGAUCCAACAGAAACACCCACUGACAUCACAACUGUCAGAGACACUGGGACAGUCAGCUCACCGCCGGAAGGUUCCGGAGACAUGGAUCCAACAGAAACACCCCCUGACACCACAACGGUCAGAGACACAGCGAUAGCCAGCACACCGCCGGAGGGGUCUGGAGACGUGGAUCCAACAGAAACACCCCCUGACACCACAACGGUCAGAGACACCGUGACAGUCAGCUCACCGCCAGAAGGGUCCGGAGAUGUGGAUCCAACAGAAACACCCCCUGACACUACAACGGUCAGAGACACUGUGACAGCCAGCUCACCUUCAGAAGGGUCCGGAGACAUGGAUCCAACAGAAACACCCCCUGACACAACAAUGGUCAGAGACACUGCAACAGCCAGCUCACCACCGGAAGGGUCUGGAGACGUGGAUCCAACAGAAACACCCCCAGACACCACAGCGGUCAGAGACACCGCGACAGCCAGCUCCCCGCCAGAAGGGUCCGGAGACGUAGAUCCAACAGAAACACCCCCUGACAUUACAACGGUCAGAGACACUGUGACAGCCAGCUCCCCAACGGAAGGGUCCGGAGACGAGGAUCCAACAGAAACACCCACUGACACAACAACGGUGAGAGACACUGUGACAGCCAGCUCACCGCCAGAAGGGUCCGGAGAGGUGGAUCCAACAGAAACACCCACUGACACCACAACGGUUAGAGACACCGCAACAGCCAGCUCACCGCCGGAAGGGUCUGGAGACGUGCAUCCAACAGAAACACCCCUUGACACCACAACAGUCAGAGACAGCGUGACAGCCAGCUCACCGCCGGAAGGGUCCGGAGACGUGGAUCCAACAUACACACCCCCUGACACCACAACGGUCAGAGACACCAUGACAGCAAGCUCAUCGUCGGAAGGGUCUGGAGACAUGGAUCCAACAGAAAAGCCUCCUAACACCACAACGGUCAGAGACACCGUGACAGCAAGCUCAUCGUCGGAAGGGUCUGGAGACAUGGAUCCAACAGAAAAGCCUCCUAACACAACAAUGGUCAGAGACACCGUGACAGCCAGUUCACCUUUGGAAGGGUCCGGAGAUGUGGAUCCAACAGAAACACCCCCUGACAUCACAACAGUCAGAGACACAGCGACAGCCAGCUCACUACCGGAAGGGUCCGGAGAUGUGGAUCCAACAGAAACAUUCCCUGACACUACAACGGUCAGAGACACUGUGACAGCCAGCUCACCACCAGAAGGGUCUGGAGAUGUGGAUCCAACAGAAAAACCACCUGACGGUACAACGGUCAGAGACACUGCAACAGCCAGCUCACCGCCGGAAGGGUCCGGAGACGUGGAUCCAACAGAAAUAUCCCCUGACACCAAAACUGUCAGAGACACUUCGACAGUCAGCUCACCGUCGGAAGGGUCUGGAGACGUGGAUCCAACAGAAACACUGCCUGACACCACAACAUUCAGAGACACUAUGACAGCCAGCUCACCGCCGGAAGGGUCCGGAGACGUGGAUCCAACAGAAACACCCCCUGACACCACAACGAUCAGAGACAUUGUGACAGCCAGCUCAUCGUCGGAAGGGUCUGGAGACAUGGAUCCAACAGAAAUGCCUCCUAACACAACAACAGUCAGAGACACCAUAACAGCCAGCUCACCGCCGGAAGGGUCCGGAGACGUGGAUCCAACUUUAGAAACACCCUGA